UGAUAAAUGGACUUGCCAAAACCUAUUUGUACGUGAACUCCCUUCCUUUACGGACGUUUCCUUUAAUGAAUGACGACGUGUUCGCCGACUCCUCUUUGCUACUCUGAUUGGUUCACUCUUAGAAAUGACAUUAACCAAGAUGGCGCCAGGAGACAGAGGAAAGUGAUGCCAGAGAGGAACAACAAGCGUCGCAGCUGGCACAACAGUGUGCACAUAUUCUUUUUUUUUACAGCUGAUUACAACCAGACUUGUGUGGCGUCUCCGAGCAGCUGACGUCCCGAGGACCCGAUGAGAUCAAGCUACUCAGUAAACUGUUUGCUAACUAGCGGCUAAAAGUGGCUAACGUUUAGCGCUCUGUAACUGCGGAAGGCGAGUAAGAGAGAAGGCAACAGCAAGCAGAAGUUCGCUUCUUUGAAAAGUAACGUCUCCAUAUCAUACAUUAAACCAGCUUUUUGGGAUUCUGGUGGAGUCAAAGUGGUUGUCAGGGAAGUUACGUCGUUGAUCUGAUAAGGUGAGUCGAGGAGAGGCGUCAUCUUUGCUUCUUUGACGCCAUGGCUCACUCCCCUCUUCAGAGUGGACUGCCUGGGGUUCAGAAUGCCCCAACAUUGUUCAAAGAUUUUUGCAUCUCAGCCUCUAAAAAUAAAAAUCAGAAUUUCAACGCCGAUCCAGAGGAACUUUUUACCAAGCAGGAGCGGAUAGGAAAAGGCUCCUUUGGAGAAGUCUUUAAAGGCAUUGACAGAAGGACUCAGAAAGUUGUAGCCAUUAAAAUUAUCGAUCUCGAGGAGGCCGAAGAUGACAUCGAAGACAUCCAACAAGAAAUUACAGUGCUGAGCCAAUGUGACAGCCCCUUUAUUACCAAAUACCAUGGAUCUUAUCUCAAGGGUACAAAAUUAUGGAUUAUCAUGGAAUAUUUGGGAGGGGGAUCUGCUCUGGAUUUGUUGGAACCGGGAGCCCUGGAUGAAACGCAGAUAGCCACAAUCCUGAGGGAAAUUCUGAGAGGGCUCGAGUAUCUGCACUCUGAGAAGAAAAUCCACCGAGAUAUCAAAGCUGCCAACGUGUUGCUGUCAGAGCAAGGCGAGGUUAAGCUGGCGGACUUUGGUGUGGCGGGUCAGUUGACGGACACGCAAAUAAAGAGGAACACUUUCGUUGGAACACCUUUCUGGAUGGCACCUGAAGUCAUAAAGCAAUCUGCCUACGAUUCAAAGGCAGAUAUCUGGUCAUUAGGAAUAACGGCUAUAGAACUGGCUAAAGGAGAGCCGCCCCACUCUGAACUUCAUCCUAUGAAAGUCUUAUUCCUGAUCCCAAAGAACAAUCCGCCGACACUGGAAGGAAACUACAGUAAACUUCUGAAAGAGUUUGUUGAAGCCUGUUUGAAUAAGGAGCCUAGCUUUAGGCCAACAGCCAAAGAGUUGCUAAGGCACAAGUUUAUCGCAAGGCACGCCAAAAAGACGACCUAUCUGACCGAGCUGAUCGACAGAUACAAGAGGUGGAAGUCUGAGCAGUCGCGGGAAGACUCCAGCUCCGACGAAUCGGACGAGGAGCUGGCGGAGGGCGGCAAAUCUAAAUCGAACGACAACUGGAUCUUCGGCACCAUCAAGGACCACAGUCCGGUUGAGGAGUCGCCACCUGAGCCCGUUGAGCCCGUUGAGCUAGCUGGGCCUGCAGAGCUGCGGGUGCAGGUGGAGGCGCAGGAGGAGACUUCCGAGAGCUUGUCAUCACAGAGCUUAACAUCAAUAUUCUCUCCAUUGUUCUCUGAGUUGAGAGCAACGGGUGAGAGGAGUAAUGGAAAGCCAGAAGCUGCAGAGGAGCUGAGGAAGGCCAUUUUCCUGGCAGAGAACAUUCACCCUGGCAUCUGCGACUCUCUGGUGGCCGAACUGCUGCAGAGACUUCAGAGGUUUUCUGUGCCGCAGGCGGCCACCGCCCAGUGACGGCCGUCGCUUCCCGCCUCUGUCCUGCUCUCCCACCCGGACGGCAGCAGUCAGAUCUCCUCUGGCCUCCUCAGCUGAGAUGUAUUUUCUCCCAGGAAGGCCCGCGUCACUCGUUUGGCUGAAGCAAAUGCUCCUGGCCUCCUUACCGUGUGUUUAUCUGCUCGCAGAGCACUAGAGGGUUGAACACAGGCUGGUCGGCGGCUCCUUACCCAGCUGCCAGCUGCUCUCCGAUCUCCCCUCUUUGUUCCUCUUUCUCAACCGUUUUAUUUUUAGACUGGAGUUAGUGAUCAUUCUUUCUAGCAGGCAUGUGGAGUGUUUGGUUCAUUUGUUUUUUGAUUUACGAAAGUUUACACUCUGUUCCCUUUUCGGAAGAAAACCCCUUGCUUAGUUUGUUGUGCGCGUGUGGCAGUGAGAGAUAACGAGUGGCGGCGUUCUGUUGAAAACUCAGGUAUCCUGCUUUAAGUAGAUUGGGUCGUCUGGGAGACGGAAGGAGCUCUAAUGGGUGGCUGUACAGACUUGUAAAUAAGCUCAUUUCUAUAGAUUGUUGAAAGCGUAACAGGGCGGUUGAAACAAAGUGGCCAAAUGCAAAGUAUAGGCUGUUGGGUAAAGAUUGCCUUCCUUCUUCUUUUGUACAUCAGUAUUUUUUUUGUUGUUGUUGUUGUUGUUGUCUCCAGUUUAAAUUUUCAUCCCUCUGCCGUUGUUUUGCCGCUAAAUUUUUGUAUUUUUUUUUUUUAUCCUCACUUUUUGCUGUGGCUGUAAUGUUGUGGUAGAAUGUAAAAGCUGGCUGGGUUUUUAAAGCCUCCCCAGUUGAAACACUGGAUGCUGUUCCCAGCCUUCGUUCCAGGAGGGUGGGCUUUGUCGACCUCAUCCUCUCCUGUUUGCUGUGCGUGGUUGCUCAGAGAAACUGAGGUUUCGUCCACUCAUUCCAUUAAAAUGGCAGUGCCAUCAUCUUGUUCAUAAAUCAGCAGACUCUUAGUCUUCCUAGGAGCUGCACCGGUACUUCCUCUGGGUACCUUUUUAAUUGCACUUCAAGUAUAAAUGCCUUUACUAAUAGCAAAGUAGCCAUAACGCAGUAGCAUGACAAUUGCAGUAUUUUUGCAGGAAUGCGCCGUAUUACAGAGUGAGGUCAGUCGACUGGUCAGGCAGUGAGGCAUUUGCCUAGUUGUCUAUUUGCAUUUGGACUUGAUGGGAGGUUUUCAUACAGGCACGUCUCAACUGUAUUAGAAUUGAAAAGUUUGAAAAGUUCAUUUAUUUCACCAAUUUGAAACUGAGAGUGAUUUUUUUAUUUAUUUAUUUAUUUUAUUUUUUUCAAACUUAUGCUCAUUCUAUUGGCGUUUAGUGAACGGAGACCCGAACAGAAAAUUGAAACAUUAAACUUUUUUUUUUUUUUUGAAGCAGAAAUGUAAACAAAAACAUUUGACUCUUACAUUUCACAGCCUUCUCAAGACUAGUUAGCCCUGUUGCUUGUGCACCACACUUUUUCCUUCCACUAAACUUUCCAUUAGUUUGCUUGUCUACAUGUGAAGGACCAGCUUAUUUCCCCUUCAUGUGGAGAGGUUCACUAACUGGAUAAAUAUGUAGGACCAAAGCAUGACAGAAACUGAAUUCUGGAUUUUGUUGUUGGCCAUAUUCCAUAACCAUCAAAAUUUAAAGAAAUAAACUAUCUCACUCUCUGUGACUUGAUUCCUUAUAGUUUUGAUUUGGUGUCUUUUCGAUUCUAAUUUACUGAGGGGUGCCUGUUGAUGCUCAGUGAUAAAACUGCUGUCAGAUGUAAAUAUUAGGAGGCUAGAGACCAGCUGCACUGUCGCUACUGUUCAAAAUGAUUGUGCAUGAUACUGUUAUCAGCACAGAGCCCAGAGACUGACCUGGGUGGUAUGCGUUGUAGCAUGCUAUUACAGGACGGAAAGAUUGUCCAGUCCUAAACAGUGAUGAAGCCGCCUUAUAAUGUUCGUGAUGAAUGGGAUCAAUAUUAUCAGCUUUAAAAAGGUUGGAUCAGAUUUAUUUUCUUUUUUGUUUCCUGCUUUUGUUUUAUUCUUCUUUUGUUGUUGUUGUUGUUGCAUUAAAAUGCAUAUGUGGUGACUCUUGGCGAAAAAUAAUAAAAGUAUUGAAUUUGUUUCUUUCCGGGAAACAUGUUGAACA